CUACAUUUGUACUGCAGUCCCACGAGUAGGGGAGAGGCUUUUACUUUCACCGCCCUUCUUGACCAUAUAUGGUUCGUCUGGCGGUUUGGAGAGCGGCUACAUCCACCCGGCAAAAAGUGGACACGAGACGUCAGUUAGCUGCCGACAUACGAGCCUUGGACAACCAUGCCGUCAGACCUGGCCAAAAAGAAGGCAGCCAAGAAGAAGGAGGCAGCCAAAGCCCGUCAGCGCCCCAAGAAGUGUGAUGAAAUAAACGAGGACGGUGAACAACCAGAGAUCCAAGAGAACGGAGCAGACAACAAUGGUGUUGCCAGCCUAACUAAGGAGCUAGAUGAGUUUGAGCUGCGGAAGACGGAGGCUCGGGCAGUGACGGGCGUUCUCGCCUCCCACCCCAACAGCACGGAUGUCCACAUCAGCAGCCUGUCGCUCACAUUUCACGGCCAGGAGCUGUUAGCAGACACCAGCUUGGAGCUCAACUCGGGUAGACGCUAUGGCCUCAUCGGCCUUAACGGCACAGGAAAAUCCAUGCUGCUGUCGGCCAUUGGCCAUCGUGAGAUUCCCAUUCCAGAGCACAUAGAUAUUUACCACUUAACCCGGGAGAUGGCCCCCAGCGACAAGACAGCCCUGCAGUGUGUCAUGGAAGUGGACGAGCAGAGGAUAAUGCUGGAGAAAGAGGCAGAGAGACUUGCACAUGAAGACUCCGAGUGCGAGAAGCUGAUGGAGCUAUAUGAGCGUCUGGAGGAGCUGGAUGCAGACAAAGCGCAGAUGCGAGCCUCUCGGAUCCUCCACGGUCUCGGUUUCAGCGCUGCUAUGCAGCAGAAGAAACUGAAGGACUUCAGUGGAGGAUGGAGGAUGCGUGUUGCUCUUGCCAGGGCUCUGUUCAUCAAGCCCUUCAUGUUGUUGCUAGAUGAGCCGACAAACCAUCUGGACCUUGAUGCUUGUGUGUGGCUGGAGGAAGAGCUCAAGUCGUUUAAGAGAAUCCUUGUGCUCAUCUCCCACUCCCAAGACUUCCUGAAUGGUGUGUGUACCAACAUCAUUCACUUACAUCAGAGAAAACUAAAGUACUACACGGGUAACUAUGACCAGUAUGUGAAGACCAGAGCGGAGCUGGAAGAGAACCAGAUGAAGCGUUUCAACUGGGAGCAGGACCAGAUAACACACAUGAAGAAUUACAUCGCCAGGUUUGGCCACGGAUCCGCGAAGUUGGCACGACAAGCACAGAGCAAAGAGAAGACGCUGCAGAAGAUGGUGGCGUCAGGCUUGACUGAAAGAGUUGUGAAUGACAAGACUCUGUCAUUUUAUUUUCCUCCCUGUGGGAAGAUUCCUCCUCCUGUUAUCAUGGUUCAGAAUGUGAGCUUCAAGUACAGCGACAACACACCGCACAUUUAUAAAAACCUGGAGUUUGGUAUCGACUUGGAUACUCGGGUGGCUUUGGUGGGACCCAACGGAGCUGGGAAAUCCACAUUGCUGAAGCUGCUUAUGGGAGAGCUCCUACCUACUGAUGGCAUGAUUCGCAAACAUUCUCACGUGAAGAUUGGUAGAUAUCACCAGCACCUGACAGAGCAGUUGGAGCUUGACCUCUCUCCUUUGGAGUAUAUGAUGAAAUGUUUCCCUGAGAUCAAAGAAAAGGAGGAGAUGAGAAAAAUCAUUGGUCGCUACGGCCUCACAGGAAAACAGCAGGUCAGUCCGAUCAGGAACUUGUCAGACGGUCAGAAGUGCAGAGUUUGUUUUGCCUGGCUGGCCUGGCAGAACCCCCACAUGCUGUUCCUGGAUGAGCCCACCAAUCACCUGGAUAUUGAAACAAUCGACGCGCUGGCAGAAGCAAUCAACGAGUUCGAGGGAGGCAUGAUGCUAGUUAGUCACGACUUCAGGCUAAUUCAACAGGUGGCUCAAGAAAUCUGGGUGUGUGAGAAUCAAACCAUCACAAAGUGGAAGAGUGGCAUCCUGGGAUUCAAGGAGCAUUUGAAGUCAAAGAUAGAAAAGCAGUAACCGCAUGUGAUCUUGAUUGCUGGGCCUCUUGUUUAUCUUACAUCAUGGACCUGUGCGUUUCUGAACAGAUGAGCAGGAAACAUCCUACUGAACAGAAACAAUUAUGCAUCUUACUGGACUUUAUCUCUUGUAUACGUAGUACUGCUUUUUUCUUUCACGGUUUGACGGCAGUCCACCUGAUCCAACCCCCUUUACCUCAAGCUGCACUCCGAUUGGCUGAUCUACCUGGAAUGCAUUCCAUUGUGUUGUCUUCAGAGACCCCUUUUUGUUCCUUCUUAUAUCUUCUGUUUUAUCCCCAACAUGUAAGCAGCAGCUUUUAGGUCAUUUUGAUAUUUAAAAAAGUGACUUCAUUUUUUUUCCCUCCAGUGUAAAAGAGCAGUUCUGCCUUAUUCGACAGUAAUGCAAUAAAGGUUUGUCUCAAUAAACAGAACAUUAAAAACUAA